AAACCACAAUUUCAUUCAAAGACAUCCAUUUUCUUUUAUUUUCAUAUGUUUUUUUUUUCUUUUCUCUAUUUAUCUUAGAUUCUAAUUGAUCAUUACAAGAAACAUGGAUGUUCAAAAUGAAAAUCCAAAUAUGGUAGAAGAAAAUAAGAUCCUAUGCAGUUUCUUUCACGGAAAUAUCUUUAUACUUACAAAUGAAGAACACUGCAAUUACAAUUAUAAUAAUAAUGAAAAUAACACCUCUAGUUAUAUAUUAGGUUGUGAGGAUUAUGAUGAAAGAGGAAGAGGUGGAAACAAUGAAUCAGAAAGAGCUAUCUAUUGGGAAUCACAACAAGCCUUGCUGCAGGAAAUCUUGGAGCAAUAUAGCUUGAUUGGAUCAAAACUACGAGAAGGGAUUACAAGAAAUGUUGAUAGAGUUAAAGAGGGAAAUAAUGUUUGUGAAUGUUCAAAUCCAAAAGUAGAAGGAUGUGCCAAAUGCUUAAGGAGAAGAGUGGUACAUCAGCUUUGUGAAAAGGGAUUCAAUGCAAGUCUUUGUACUUCCAAAUGGAAACACACCUCAAAGAUGCCAGGAGAUGCAGGUAGACAUGAAUACAUAGAAGUGAUAGCAAGCACACAAGGAAGAAAGAAGAAAAUCCCAUUCUUGAUAGAAUUGGAAUUUCAAGAUGAAUUCAAGAUGGCAAAAGCAUGCAAAGAAUACACAAAACUAAUAAGCCAAUUGCCAGAGGUUUUCAUAGGCAAACCCGAGCACUUAAACGCUAUUAUUCGACUGAUGUGUGAUGCAGCUAAGAAAUCAACGGAACAGCAACGAAUCCAUUUAGGUCCAUGGAGAAAGAGGAAUUUCAUGCAGAUGAAAUGGUCAGCUAAUAAUUCUACUACAGAAAGGAGACUAGUUAAUAUUAAUAUUGAUCAACAAACGUUGAGUAAACUAAGGUUGAAUAUUUCGCCAAUGCAAGAAGUAGAUGCUAGGCCUGGUUUGGAGUUUGCUGCUGCAACUGCUGUCAAAGUUGCAUAAAUAAUUACACGAUCGAGUUGCAUUUUCCCAGGUCUAUUGGGAAGAUAUAUUUUUAUGGUUUUGAGAUUAUGAGUUAGCUUUUUGGUGGAACAUGUGAAGAGUUAUGUACUACGGCACGUCUAGCUAUGAAAUCCAGUUCUAUUAUAUUUGUGCAUGGAA